AUGACAUCAGACGAUGAAGGUGACAGCGACACCUACUCGGAUCAAGAUCAAGACUCUGACUUUCAGGACGACCAUACCAAGAAGCCUACUGCUGCUGCUCCAAAAUCAAACGCUGCAAAGAGGAAAGCUCAGGAUGACCUCGACGUGAGGGACGUCGACGAUCCCAACGAUCACGGUUCCUCUUCGACAAACAAGAAGAAUCCAAACAAGAAGAAGGCUAAAACUCUCGAAGAAACAUAUCAACGAGUCUCUCAGCUCGAACAUAUCUUGCUAAGACCUGAUUCCUACGUCGGUUCCGUCAUGUCUAAUGCCCAACCUAUGUGGGUCUACGAGGAUGACCAAAUGGUCUUCAAGACUGUCAACAUUGUACCUGGACUGUACAAGAUAUUCGACGAAAUCCUCUCAAAUGCUGCGGACAACAAGGUCAAUGAUCCCUCCAUGGAUCAAAUAAAAGUCACUAUCGACCAAUCCAAAAACACGAUAUCCGUAUACAACAAUGGUACCGGUAUACCCGUCGAAAUACACGCUGCAGAGAAAAUGUAUGUCCCUGAAAUGAUCUUUGGUCAUCUCUUGACCUCAUCAAACUAUGACGAUGAGCAAAAGAAGGUCACUGGUGGUCGUAACGGUUAUGGUGCAAAGCUUUGCAAUAUCUUUAGUAAGGAGUUUAUUGUCGAGACUUCGCAUGCAGAGUCAAAGAAAAAGUUUAAACAGGUUUUCCGAGAGAAUAUGUCUCAACGAGACAAACCUAGCAUCACGAACGCUGCCAAGAACGACUUUACACGAAUUACCUUCAAGCCUGAUCUAGCACGUUUCGGAAUGGAAGUGCUAGAUGACGAUAUAAUAUCGCUCAUGAAGAAACGUGUAUAUGAUAUGGCUGGUAUUCUAACUGGCGUCAAAGUGUUUCUGAAUGACGAACAAAUCACAAUUAAAGGAUUCAAGCAGUAUGUAAAUCUGUACUUGAAGGGUACUACUGAAGAUGGAUCCAAGCAUGAAGUCAUUAUUGAACGGCCUCAUGAACGUUGGGAAGUCGCUUUUACGCUUAGUGAUGGUCAAUUCCAACAAGUCAGCUUUGUCAAUAGUAUAUGUACAUCAAAAGGAGGCUUCCACGUAAACCAUGUCACAGAUCAGAUAGUCAAGCAAAUCAUGGAAGCUGCUGUUAAAAAGACAAAGACAGCAACCGGUACUAUAAAACCUCAACAAAUCAAAAACCACAUGUGGAUUUUUGUGAAUUGUCAGAUUGAGAAUCCGUCGUUUGACUCUCAAACAAAAGAAAACAUGACGGCCAAAGUCUCUCAAUUUGGUUCUAAAUGUACCUUGACGGAAGCUUUUAUGAAGAAGGUUCUCAAAUCUGGUAUCGUCGACAACAUCAUGACUCUAGCCAAAGCCAAACAAGACCUGCAACUGAAAAAAACCGAUGGAGUCAAACGAUCACGAAUAUCAGGAAUACCAAAACUAGACGAUGCCAAUAAUGCAGGCACGAAAAACGCACGUCAUUGUACCCUCAUUCUCACAGAAGGAGAUUCAGCUAAAGCAUUAGCUGUUUCUGGCCUCUCUGUUAUUGGGCGUGAUAAUUUCGGUGUCUUUCCAUUACGUGGAAAAUUGCUUAAUGUGAGGGAUGCUGCUCACAAGUCACUGGUUGAUAAUGCUGAAAUCAAUAAUCUAAAGAAGAUUAUGGGGUUGCAGCAUAAUAAAGUGUAUGCCUCCGUUGAAGGAUUGAGAUAUGGGCAUUUGAUGCUGAUGACUGAUCAAGAUCAUGAUGGAUCUCAUAUUAAAGGACUGCUCAUUAAUUUCUUGGAUCAUUACUGGCCCAGUUUACUCAAGAUUCCAGGAUUCUUGUUGGAGUUUAUUACUCCUAUCGUCAAGGUGACUAAAGGACCUCGUGAUCUAUCAUUCUAUACGAUUCCUGAAUAUGAACAAUGGAAGGAAGAUACUGCUGGCGGUAAAGGUUGGAACAUUAAGUACUACAAGGGUCUUGGUACAUCUACAGCGGCAGAUGCCAGGAAAUACUUUUCUCGCAUGGACAGUCACAAGAAACCGUUCAAGUCUGCGAAUGAAAAUGAUCGAAAUGCUAUCGAUCUAGCAUUCAAUAAGAAGAAGACGGAUGAUCGUAAAGAGUGGAUUGGCGGUUAUAUUCCAGGAACAUUUCUUGAUAACAGAGCUGCAGCCAUCAAAAUUGAAGACUUUGUCAACAAGGAGUUGAUCUUGUUUAGUAUGGCAGACAAUAUUCGAUCUAUACCGUCUCUGGUCGACGGAUUUAAACCUGGUCAUCGUAAAGUCCUCUUUGCUUGCUUUAAGAGGAAUCUGGUGAAAAAUGAAAUCAAGGUCGCCCAACUUGCUGGCUAUGUGGCAGAGCACUCAGCAUACCAUCAUGGAGAACAAUCACUGCAAGCCACAAUAAUAGGACUGGCUCAGGAUUAUGUCGGAGCCAACAACAUCAAUCUACUUGAACCUCGUGGCCAAUUUGGUACACGUUUACAAGGUGGUAAAGAUGCAGCGAAUGGUCGUUACAUCUUUACGCUCUUGUCACCGGUUGCCAGAAUGUUGUUUCAUCCUGCUGAUGAUAAUUUGGUGACUUACUUGAAUGAGGAAAACAUGAAGAUUGAACCUGAAUGGUACAUUCCAAUUCUGCCACUGAUUCUGGUGAAUGGUGCAGAGGGUAUUGGGACAGGAUGGGCAACGAGUGUGCCCAAUUACCAUCCAAUUGAUGUUGCCGAAAAUCUCAAACGCCGCAUGGAUGGACUAGAUUUUAAGAUCAUGCAUCCGUGGUAUCGUGGUUUCAAGGGCACCAUUGAGCAAGUCGGUGCAGACAAGUACAAGCUCUCAGGCAUUAUAAGUCAGCUUGACGAUACCACUUUGGAGAUUACCGAACUGCCUAUUGGAUCAUGGACACAAACGUAUAAAGAGUUCCUAGAAGUUAUGUUGAUUGGGAAGGAGAAUGUUGAGCCUACCAUCAAGGAUUACAAAGAAUAUCACACAGACACGACUGUUCACUUUGUGAUAUCACUCAGUGAAGAAAAGAUGAAACAAGUACUUGAAGAAGGGCUCGAAAAGAAGUUUAAAAUGACCAGUAACAAGGCAACUACAAACAUGGUCCUGUUCAACAAGGAUGGAAUAUUGACCAAGUAUCGGUCUGUUGAUGAUAUUAUGACUGAGUAUUAUGAUUUGAGGCUUGAUUUAUAUGAGAAACGAAAGGCAUUUCUGGUUAAACAGCUCGAACAAGAAUACACCAAACUGGACAAUCAAGUCAGAUUUAUUUAUGAUGUGAUUAUUGGCAACAUCAAAGUCCAGAAUCGACCUAGAAAAGACAUUUACCGUGAUCUGAAGAGUCACGGUUAUGCUACUAUAUCAAAGGACGGUACUGUUGGAGAUCAUCAAUCUCUUGAUGGGGAAGAUGAUGAAGGAGAGGUCGAUGAUGGAGGUGAUGAUGACGAGAAUGCCAUUGCGCAUGGCUAUGAUUACCUCUUGUCUAUGCCAAUAUGGAAUUUGACGUCUGAGAAGAUGAAGAAGCUAGAAGCUGAACGAGACAAGAAACGGUUUGCACUUGAAGAGUUGGAGGGUACUCCAGUCAAGGAUUUAUGGAGGACGGAUUUGGAUGCUUUCAUUGCUGAAUGGAAUAAAACAGAAGUCGAUCGAACAGAUCGUGAAACUGCAACAAUGUCCAAAGUAUUGAAGGGCAAAGGCAAAAUCACUGCCAGUAAAACCAUCAGUAAGCCACGAAAGAGUUCUACAGGUGGUGCUUCUAAAAAGGCUGCCACUUCAUCAUCAACCACAUCGAAACGUAAAAAUGAAGAUGAAUCGGAUGACGAUGUCUCCUUCGAUGGAGGUGAUGACGAUGAAGUACCAACUCGUGAUAAUACUGAUGAUGAGAUGGAGGAUGCUAAUGAUUUGGUCGUCGUCAAGCCAAAGGCAUCUUCAAAAGCUGCAGUUAAGAAACCACCAACUGCUGCUGCUACUACCAAGGAGGCCAGUUCAAGCAACACUGCAAAGAAAGACGAAACAGGUAAAAGUGCAGAUUCGAUCAAGAAGAAAGUCGACAGUAGCAGCGAAGGGUCAAAUGAGGCCAAGAAGGCUGCCGAGAGCAGUAAAGGUACUAGUGAUGUCAAGAAGGUGGACAGUGGUAAAGCUGUGAAUGAGAGCAAGAAGAUUCUAGAGUUAGGCACGAAGCGAGCCUCUUUAUCCACUUUCUUAAACAAGGUCCCUUCAUCCAAGACCGAAUCAACUGUCACAGCAACUGAACAGCCCAAACCACCCAAAGUCAUCGAUUUAGAUGGAGAUUCGGACGAUGAUUGGAAUUCAGUUGCUGCAAUUACAACCGUCAAAUUACCCAUUAAAAAGAAUACCACCACUCCCACUAGUUUAAGUAGUAGCAGUCGACAGGCUAGUCCAGAUGUCGCUGUAGUUGGAGUUAAACAUGGAACAAAGCCUACAAAGGCUUGGAAUCCUGUAGUCAAUGUCGACGAUGAUGAUCCUGUUGUAGUAAAAUUCCCAACUCGAAAUGGAUCGUCAGUUGACCAAUCUAAGAAUGUGGGUGAUGACGACAAACAGACCUCAAGAAACCGGCUCUUCUCAUUCGGUAGUAUAGAAAACGAUGACAAAGACGACGAUAACGAUGAUACGGAUAGUAGUACACGACUACCGAAACGUCGGUCGGUGUAUAGCAAUGCUGUUGACUCCGAUGAUGAAGAACAUGAUAAAGAAAGUAGUAGUGAUGAUGAUGUUGGUGGUGCUAGAGAUUUCUUGACCAAGCAUAUCAAUUCACCACCAUCAUCAAGAGCUAUAGUAUCAACUAGCUCACCAUCUAAACGUAAAAGGAGCAGCAGCAAUAGCAACAACAGGAGUGAAGGUGGUAGUGCCAGUAAGAGGAGGAAGAGUGGUGCUAAUAGCAAUGGUGUAGCAAAGUCUCGUCGUGUUGUAUCUGAUGACGAUGAAGACGAUCAUGACGAGGACGCUGUGGUAGUGGAAACGUCUUCUUCAAGACGAGCGUCUACGGCACGAUCUACACGUGGUAGAGUUUCGUAUGUGAUGAAGGCUGAUGAGGAUGAUAUUGGUGGGGGAGGAGAUGGUGUAAAUGGUGGUGGUGAUGAGAGUGAAUUUGAGAUGGAUUGA